GGAGGCAGGGCGGUGCGCACGGCACGCAGGCGCGCUGCGCACGGCACCGCCCCCGCCGCCUUCAGGAAUCGCCGCCAUUUUGAAGCCGCCGCCGCCGCUGCCGGUUCUGUCCCCGCUCCGCUCCCCCCCCCCCACCGAUUCCCGCCGCGAUGCGUCCCGGCAUCAAACUCUUCGUGGGCAAUGUCCCCGAAGAGGCGACGGCGGAAGAGUUGAGCGAGCUGUUCGCCGGCGUCGCGGGGCCGGUGCUGGGCGUCGCCCUCAUGAAACAGUUCGCCUUCGUGCACCUGCGGGACGAGGCGGCGGCCGCGCGCGCCAUCUCGCAGCUCAACGGGCACCAACUGCACGGCCGCCGCAUCGUGGUGGAGCCGUCCCGGCCGCGCCCCACCAACACCUGCAAGAUCUUCGUGGGGAAUGUGUCGGCCGCGUGCACGAGCGGGGAGCUGCGCUCGCUCUUCCAACAGUACGGCCCCGUGGUGGAAUGCGACGUGGUGAAAGACUAUGCCUUUGUGCACAUGGAGAACGAAGCCGAUGCUAAAGUUGCCAUCGAAAACCUAAAUGGGAAGGAGGUGAAGGGGCGCCGGGUGAACGUGGAGCUCUCCACCAACGUGCAGAAGAAGGGCACGGGCCAGGCCCCGCCGCCCGCCCUCGGCGUCGACAAGACCAAGCGCAUCGGCCUCGAGUACCGCGAGAAGUUCCAGCCCAAGAUCGAGGGCUUUGACCAGCAGCGCCGGGCGGCCGAUGCCGCCUUCCCCUCGGCCGCGGGCACCGGCUACGCCGCCACCCCCUCCCUGUAYGAUUACCAGCAGCGCUUCGGCGCCAAGUACGACGCCUUCGACGCGCAGCCCCGGCCCGCCUCCCCCUCCUACUUCGGCAGGGACCGCAGCCCGCUGCGGCGCUCACCYACCCGCGCCGGCUACGCGGCGGUGACGCUCCCCAUGACGGCACAGCCGGCCGCCUAUCGCGCCCAGCCCUCAGCCUCAUUGGGGGCCACGUACCGYGCCCAGCCCUCGGCCUCCCUGGGUGUGGCAUACCGCCCACAGCCCACCACGGGCCAGGCCGCCGCGUACCGCGCACAGCCCUCAGCCUCGCUGGGCAGCGCCUACCGCUCCCAGCCCUCGGUCGGCUCCCUGGGUGCCACGGGCGCUCAGCCCGCCGCCGCCAGCUCCCUCGGCUCCUACGGCGCCCAGCCCGCCGCUGCCGCCUCCUAUGGCGCGCAGCCUGCUGCCGCCAACUCCCUCAGCUCCUACGGYGUCCAGUCCGCUGCCCUGGCCUCCUCCUACAGUGCCCAGCCCGCCUCGGGCUACUCGGCCGGCUACGGUGCCCAGCCGGCCAUAGCUGCGUAUGGUGCCCAGCCCGCUGCUGGCCCGGCCAACUCCUACAGCGCCCAGGCCGUGGCCACGCACGUGGUGUCCUACGGCGCCCAGCCGGCCGCAGCCUCCUACGGUGCCCAGCCCAUGGAUGGCCACGCCAGCUCCUACGGCGCCCAGCCUGGUGCUGCACUGUCCUCCAACUACGGCGCCCAGGCCGUGGCAGUGCAUGCCAGCUCCUACRGYGCCCAGGCCGUGGCGGUCCACGCCAGCUCCUACRGCGCCCAGCCCAUGGCCGGCCACUCGGCCUCCUACGGCGCUCAGCCCGCGCUGUCCGCCUCGUACGGCGCCCAGCCCGCCGUGGGCCACUCGGCCUCGUACGGCGCCCAGCCCGCUGCGGGCCUGCCCGCGUCCUACGGCAGCCAGCCCACGGCUGCCGCGCUCCCCGCCGGCUACGGCGCGCAGACGGGCUCCUCGCUGGCUGCGUCCUACGGCAGCCAGGCCGCCGUCGCCGCAGCCUCCUACAAAGCGCAGGCCUCCGCCCCGCUGACGGCCGCGUACCGGGCCCAGGCCUCCGGCGCCAUGGCGGCCUCCUACCCGGCGCAGCAGCCGUCCUCCGCCGCGCUGGCGGCUGCGUACCGAGCCCAGCCGGGCAGCGCCUACGACGGGCCGAGCCAGCUGGGGCAGCCGGCCGGCUCCUACCUGGGCCUGGCGCAGGCCGCCGCCGCCGCACCGCCCUACGAGCGCACCCGCCUCUCCCCGCCUCGCAGCGCCGCCUACGACGACCCGUACAAAAAAUCAUCCUCUCUGGCUAAAAGGUAUGGCUCYGAACGCCGGCUGUCCGAGCUGGCCGAUUACCGGCGCUUAGCGGACUCGCCGCUGGCGUACCGCCGCUCGCCCACCAAGUCCCCGCUGGACUACCGCCGCAUGCCGGACGCGCACUCCGAGUACGCCCGCUACUCGGGUGGCUACGGCGACUACCUGCCCGCUGCCCGCGUCCACUCAGGCUACCAGCGUCGCCUCUGAGCCGGCCACAGGCCCCGCUUGCCACCCCGCCAGGGCACGGACGGUUCUUUUUCAGCCUUUUUUUCUGGUUUUGCUGUUUGAGUUUUUUAGAAGGUUCCGCGGUUACGGUUGGCAGUGGCCGCGCGUUUUGUCCCCCGCCGGCGCUCGGCGCCAGUUCAUAACCUGCUAAUGGUUGCGGCCGUGUGGCCGAGACUCUUUUAUACCACGAGUUGUCCCAUUUUUUGGGUGCAUUCCCCGUUCCCAGCGUCGGGCCCGGCACGGUGCCGGGGUUUUUUUACGACUGUAAAUAAACAUUGGGGGUCUGCUCCGGU